UGUGGAUUGCUAUUGUACAGAGUAGACACACCUCAACUUGAACACCAUGUGGAAAGGAGAGUUGGUUGUGGCUGCUCUGAAAAUUCAGUUGAAGAUAAUUUGUUUUUGUUUUCUUGAGCUUGCUAAAAUUAUGCAAGAAUUACUAAUUUUUCUGAUCCAAAGGCAGAAAUAUUUAACCUUUUUACUUCAGUGUAAACUUGACAAUUUUUCAAGUCUGAGAAGCUCAAGCCAUCGCUUGAGUUUUCUCGUUACCUAAAGUCAUGGAGGUCAUUGUUCCAAUGAUCUACCUACUGCUGAACCUUGCAAUUUCUUUUGGACACCAUGCAUUUGAAGUGUCUGUCCAGACAGACAACUAUCUUCCGGUCAUCGGUGAAGAUUUCACUCUGGUCUGUACCUUCACACCUGAAACCAGAUAUCGGCGGAUUGUUUGGACGAAGAUUAGUAAUAUCCAGGUGGCCAGUCAUUCAUGGUCACCAUAUCCAUUCGUAACCUAUCUUGACCCAGAGAAAUUCAGCUUGGCCGCUGAUACGUCAAGUGGAAAUUUAACAGUAUAUGGCCUUGACGAAAAUGAUAACGACAUUUAUACUUGCUCAUUAAGCAGCACAAACGGGGCUUGGAAACCAGGAUUCAAUAGCAUUCAGGUAACGCCACUACAACCGACUGCACCCUUCAGGAUUCGUAUAACAGACGAGAGAUCGAAUCGUCAUCACUUUUACAACACGAAUCUAACAGUAAUGGCUGGACAUCAAGUUAACAUGAUAUGCGAAGCAUACUGGGCGAGGCCUCCUGCAGUAUUACAAUGGCAUAUGCCCUACGAUGUAAUAGCUUUAUCUGAUGAUCAGUCUAAUGCCAUACGAGACGGCCUAUAUAUCUCCCAAAGAGCUCUUACAAUCAAAGCCUCUAAGAAUGACCGAGGAAGGAUACUCGAGUGCACUGCAAUGCAUCCACUACUUCAAAUCAAUCUCCAAAUAUCGGUUCAUUUGAAUGUUCAUGUUCUACCAUCUAGUAUGCUGCUCUUUGUUCCUCACGCUGAAGGCCACCAAGAACAUGGAACUCCGUCAAGAAGUCUAUACAUUAAAGAAGAUUCAAUCACUUCAGUCACUUGUAAAGCGAUUGGAUCAUUCCCAGCGACUGAAUUAGAAUGGCAUUUUCCCGAUGGCAACAUUAGCAUGCUGAACAACACAGAGACUAGAAGUUUCGUUUCAGAUGAUAAUUUAGCUUACACUGAGAGUUCCAUCAAAAUACGGCCAGAGAAGAAGGACCAUGGACAGUACAUUCACUGCAACGCAUAUAUGAUUGGCAAGUUUGUUGACCGAGCAGUAGCCAGAUUGAUAGUGUACGCCAUACCAGAUAAUGUUAAACUGACCGUCCCAGAGAGCCUUCAAGACGGUAUACAAACCGACAUAACCUGCACAGCUCGCAAUGGGUAUCCUGCUCCUCUCAUUCACUGGUAUAUCGGAUCAAGGAACGUCACAGGCAAUUCAACCCAGAGGACAUCCAUCAACAACGCUGGUCGAUAUGAUGCCGAAAGCACUCUAAUCGUUGUACUCAAUAGGUUUGACCAUGGGAAACAUCUUCUAUGUCAGGCAUUUCAACCUGAUACGCCUUUGGAAUCGUCAAUAAAUGCAAGCAUGAUUUUGAACAUAUCCUGUGAGUAUCAAUAACUACUGCUUGAGUAAUGAAUAGUGAAAUGAAAUAUAAUAAAUAUUUGGAAUAUUGUGCAAUUCUACUUCUCAGUUUAUUUAGAAUUGUAGAGAUAUUCUCUAUUCUGUGACUUGCAUCGACAACGAAAGCUCUUUACAUGUAACAUUAGUCCAAAGAUCGUUUACUUUUCUUUUACACAAAAUUGCCAUUUUUGCUUCAGUUACUUUUUACAAUGACAAUACAAUCCUACCCAUUUAUCUGAGAAAAAAAAUUAUUCCUUUUUUUUUGCAUUACAUGCUUCCGCCAUUCCUUGGAAUGUUCACUCUUACAAUGAGAAAUAUACAUGAUUUGCAUAAGUUAAAGUCUUCUCUCUCUAAGAAAAAUAAGAAAAAAAAUGCUUGUCAUGUAAUAAACUUAGUUUCCAACUAAUUUCGAAUACUCUCUAAAUUCAUUUUACUUAGUUUUAACUUGUGUCUUUUGUUUCACAUAGGUGCGUUGGGCAGACGUAAAGUUAUGCGCUGUAAAAGAAGUAAUCAAGAUUAUUAAUAUUAUUUUCAUUAUAACUGAAAUUUCAGCCACCCCAAAUCCACCAGCAUGGCUCUUCCUAGACCAAAACCAGACGACAACUUCAACUCUUUUCGUUGCCUGGCAGCUUAAGAGCGAUUAAAGACGCAAAUAUAUUUGAUUGAUCUAUUUAGAAUCUAUUUCGAAAAAAUAUAUAAAAUUCGUUGACUGCCAACCAAUAUUUAAAAUCAGGUUAUGAUUUUAAAUCCUAGAAUAGAAUGACUGCCAAAUAGGAUUACAUACUUUUUACAGUGCUGGCACUCAAAAGCAUUAUUGUGGCCCACCUGAUGUAAACAGUACGUGAUAACAAAGUUUAACUUAUUUCCCAAAUUGAUGAAAUUUGAAGUCCUAGGCCUAUAGACCUAAGAACUUGUAUUGAUUAAGCUGUGUACACAUUUCUACACAAUACGAAAGGCCUUGAUAAGUAAUAUUUGAAGCCAUUAACCUGCCCUGUUUUCAACAGACCAGUUUGUUUCCUUUCUUGGUGAAUAAAACCAAACACGGUUCUUGUUUCAUUUUGUCAUUGAAUGAAAAUGUAUCCCUAUUAUCAUCUGGUGAUAAUUCCUACCUAAUAAUAUUUAAAUAUCCUUUAAUUUGCUUAUUCAAUAUACAAAUAUUUCGCUGCAACUAAAGGAGUUGUUAUUUGCGGUGUGACUUCCGUUUUUCAAAAACUUGUCUUUAUCGCCAGUCACACAUGUUGGAAGGCGGUAGACCCAGAUUUCGACAUUUGUGACUGAACGUGAGUACGGGGAUUUUAAUUCUAAAGGCAUAUAAUCAAUUUUGGGUCGUUUGAGUAAACCAACAUUGUGGCAUUAGCAAAGGCCAAUAGGUACAAGUAAGAUAUAUUGACAAACAUCGGGAAAUCGACAUGCCACAAGCAACACUCUUCAUGAUUGGGCAAUUUUGACUUUUUGAAGUUCCAUCUGAUGCUAUAUUUACUUGUUAUGCAAGGAGAUAUAUAUUUUUUUCAUAUUUGUCAAGUCAUUCACAGUCCGUUGUUAAUGCAUUCAAUGUAUAAAAGGCUGUUCUGAUUUCAGACCGCUUACCUUCAAGGUUACUCUAUGAGCUGGCAUGUCUUGUUUUCUUUGUACGUUAUCGCAAUGAAAAAUAUUUUCGCCAUCACUCUGUACAGUAUCAUAUUGAUCUAUGCCGAUGACAUUCAGAUGUUUCUGUCACGUUGAAAAUGCAUUCUCUUUGAUUGAAAUGAGUAAUAUCUAAGAAUUCCUUUUACAAAAAUUUUAAGUUGAAUAAACGACAGUGAAAAAGAGAGAGGGGGAGCAAGUUCAUUGUUGAAGGGCAAGUAGCCCAGUCAUCGCAGUAAGCCUUUGUACUCAAGUUGGUGCACGGAACAAGAUAUUUGAUUGUAGAAGUUGAAAAUUGACAGUUCUUGUGUCCGUUUCAACUCACUAUGCUUGUGAAGAGAACUAAUUGAGAGUUGACUGACAGCUUAGGAUGUUAAGACAUUUAAGUACUCAAGUGGUGUCUAAACGUUCCCAGGUACAAGAGUUGUAUACCAAAUGGUGAAGGAUAGAUUAGGCUAAUUCAGGGCCUACUACCAUGUGUGUUACAGUGAGGUAUAUGUAUGGAUAGUAAGACAAUAGAUUCACUUAAUGCUAAUUGUGAGUUUAAUAUGUUCACCAUGUCAUAUGGGAUUUCUUGUUGAAAUAAUAUUCCCAGAUUCUUGAUAUAUCAACCAUUGUCAUGAUUGUAAAUGGUGGUUUCAAAUAGAUAAUUGAUAGCAAGAACGAGGUUGUGCAUUUCACAUGCAUGUGAUAAUAGUUUCUCUGGUUGAUGAAAGCUAAAAUUAUUAUUAAUCAAGGUAAAUAAACAGAUAUAGAUUGUUUUAUA